GUUCCCUCCCCCUCCUGCGCCGCGCAAACAUAUGCAACCUCCACCGGCGGGCACAAAAGAGGCGCUUUGAUUUUUGUUUGAAAUACACAUAUUAUUGUUGCACUGGCUUUUUAACCAAAACACACAAAAAACCCCAGAAAGAACGAGGCGCCCCGGGACUGCAAAGGGAGCAGCUUGGCAGUCCCAGGCACUGAUAGCUCCACCUGAGAAAGAUGAAGCAAUCCGGUUACGUUGCAGUAUUCGUAGUUGCUGCAGUACUCCUCAGUUGGAUCACCUGCACCCGUGCAUGCAACAAGGCUCUGUGUGCGAGUGAUGUAAGCAAGUGCCUCAUUCAGGAACUGUGUCAGUGCCGUCCUGUAGAUGGGAACUGUUCCUGUUGCAAGGAAUGCAUGCUUUGCUUGGGAACUCUGUGGGACGAAUGCUGUGACUGUGUGGGAAUGUGCAAUCCCAGAAAUUACAGCGACACGCCACCCACGUCCAAGAGUACCGUGGAGGAGCUCCAUGAACCCAUCCCUUCUCUCUUCCGCGCUCUGACAGAAGGGGAAACUCACCUGCACUGGAACAUUGUCUCAUUCCCUGUCUCAGAGGAGCUCACCUAUCAUGAGAACUUGAUCUCCUUCUUGGAAAGCCUGGACCUAUCUCUGCAAAAUGUAUCCCUGCCCGCACAAAGUCCCCACGUGGAGCUCGCCAGUGAGAAAGAGCCUCAGUGCACGGUGGUCUACUUCAAUGACUGCAUGUCAAUCCACCAGUGUAAAAAUUCCUGUGAGUCCAUGGGUGCCUCAAAGUACAGAUGGUUUCACAAUGCCUGCUGUGAAUGUAUAGGCCCGGACUGCAUUGAUUACGGCAACAAAGUGGUCAAAUGUAUGAACUGUACCUUUUAAAGCCAGGGCUAUAAUGUCGCGAGGUAAUUCUGCGUAAUCACCGUAGAGUUACAAACCGGUGACUUUUUACAUGACCUAUUGUGCUGUUUUUGCUUUUUUAAAUUUCCUUUUGUUAAAAGUUCUGCACUUCAUGCUUAAGAAUGUAUGCAGAUGUUGGAUCUUCAAAGUGGAUGUGAAAAUUGAAACUGCAGCUUUUUUAUGGUGUAAUUUACUGCUGAUGUUUUGUAAUUUAAAAGAAAAAGGCAUUCCUUAAAAAUCAUGCUGACCUGUAGAUAUAUAGAAUAAAGCUGUUGUAUCUUCUCUUUUUUAA